GAAAAUAAAUAAUAGUAAAUUUGUCAUCCUGCGUAUGUCGGAUCUAGAAUCUAGAUUAAAAAGAUUAAACUUAAAUAGAUCUAGAUCUAAAUCUAGCAAUAGGCAUUGGGCUAAACUUACUAGCAAUCUCUACAUAACUCAAAAUGUCACGGUAUCAUCAGUCAUCGAAUCCAUUUGAUGAGGACGAUGAUGACAUCAAAGAGGAUGAUUUUGUGGUUGUUGAUAAAAACAAAUUGUCUCAGACAUCAACAGGCAAUUCCAACAGAUAUACAGCACCUUCCCAGCCAGUAAAAGAUCCAAGAACAGUAACUCCAGCUACUUCUAAUAAAUCAGCCACUUCAUCAUAUUCUUAUGGAAAUUCAAAUGGUCAAGCUAGAAAUGCAUAUCCUUUCCACAAUUCUGAGAGUGAAGAUAAUCCAUUUGAAGAUCGCAGGCAGUAUUUACAAAGGCAGAUUGAAAAUUCCGAAAAUACACAACUUGAGAGUACUCAGCGAGCCUUAGCCAGUAUAUAUGACUCUGAAGCUAUGGGUAUUGCCACAGCAGAGGAGCUCAUGAGACAAGGGGAAACUCUCAACAACAUUGAAAGUAAAACAGACAGCAUGCAGCAGAAUUUAAAAACAUCUCAACGUCAUCUAAAUAACAUCAAGAGUGUUUUUGGUGGUAUCAAAAACUGGUGGUCAACAGAUAAGAAACAAGCUAACUCAACAGCAAAACCAGUUGAAGCUAAUUCAAGGCUAAAAGCUGCACUGGAGACAUCAGAAAAAAGUAAACCAGAUGUUCGUGGAUUUUACGAUGAAGAUGAUCUGGAUUCAAAAUUUAUGGCUAGUGCUAGGAAGCCAGUUUCCGGACAGUACACAAUGAUCACACCAGUAACCAGAUCUGCGAGAGAAGAGGAAGUGGAUCAAAAUUUAGCUCUCAUGGGUGAUGGUAUGUCAAGGUUGAAAAGUUUAGCCCUGGGUCUCGGGGAUGAGAUUGAAAAACAGAAUGAACAGCUGGACAGAAUCAAUACUAAAGUCGACUCCACGGAUAUACUGCUUGGCCACCAGAACACUCAAAUGAAAAGGAUACUGAAAAACUAAACUAUCGUACUGACCUUGUCUUUGGAUAGUGAAGAACUGAUCUGUUGCCCUCAUCUUGUCUCCAACAUUUCUAAGUAUCAUUUAGGAUAUUGUCAAUUUCUAUUGAAAAACGUUUUGCUUAAUUGUUUUGUUUCGUAAUUUUAAAUUUGAGAAUUCAAAAUAUUUUUUAAAACUCAUUUUUAAAAUAUAUUUAUAUAUAAAUUAUAAAUAUAUAUAAAAUACAAAAAUGGAUUUUCAAUAGUUUGAUGUUUUUUUAAAUACUUGUGGGUUGAUUUUUUUUUCUAAUCAGAAGUGUUUGUGAUAUUUGUGUUAUGGAUGAUUCUGUAUAUAUAUAUAAAUAUCUUAAUUUGAAUAAUUCUAAGUGUAAGAUGUUCAACGGGCUAUCAUCUUUCACUUGGUGGCCAUUGUUCCAACCGGUCUUUCUUGACCAGGAAUAUGUAUGUGGAAGUAAUUGUGUUCAAUGAAAAUUAGUUACAAACAUUUUUGAAAAAAAAAGGCAAAUUAUCAGUGCUGAAUCAUUUGAAAUUUGGUGGCAGUUUAAAGCAUUAUUUAUUAUUAUCUAUAAAAGAAUUUUUUACUUUAACAAAACUUUUGUAAAGAAAGUUGAAAUUAUUUUAAAGAAACCAUUUUUUGAACCAUUAAAAAGGUUUUACCUAAAUGGCAAUCAAGCGUAUCUUUAUUCAUUUUUAAAUUUGAAGUUUCAUUUCUUAUUUAGAGAUCCUUACAUGAUUCCAAUUUAAUUAAUUGGUUUGUCUUUAAAACAAAGGUCAGAGUACACAAUUGUAAAAUAUUACCUCUUUAUUUCAUGUAGUGUUGCAUUGAUAUGUACGUUGCAGUACAUAUUGUAUUGUAUGUUUUCAUUUCACUGAUUUGUAAUGUAUCAAAUGUGUGUUGUUUAAUUAAAAUAUCACAUGACCA